CACAAGUUGUCGAACCGGCCGCGAUCAAUUGGUUCAGACUGCUCCAAUUCCAGCUAUACCUACGGUACCGCAGACUUUGUCCGAAACGAUUCGUUCCGCAUGUCAGGCCACAGUCGAGUGAGCCACGGUGUGGUGGUUGAUUCCGUGUUCGACCGUCAUCGCCAGUACUCUUACGACUCCAACGAUUACAUAAACCACGCCCCCAGUAACUCCACCGACUCCAAUCUCCGCCCGUACUCCAUCGCCGUGGCUCCUCUGCCCCGCUCCUGCUCCAGCUCCUCGCUCAAGAACCUGGGUCUCCAGACGAGGGUGAGCGAUAACAGACACCACUCGAUCGCCGCCAUGCCGCUGCAUGCGACAGAGGUACCCUCGACCUCCGCAGCAUUCGGAGAGGAGAGGGGAGCCCACCGUCGACCCGCCGGACGGAUACCGCCCCGUACUCAGGAAGACACCGUCGAGUCUCUCUGGGUAGACACGAGUUCGUUCGAUUUCACGCAGGCCCCUGUUCUUCCUAGUCACCCAGAGUACCCCCAGAUUGCACAGGAUCUCAUGACCGCCUCGCCCCCUCGAAGGAAUUCCGCAGAGCUGCCCCCCGGGAUAGUCGGGGCCCCCUCGUCAUCGUCCGAUAUCAGGCGGAUGUCGGACACGGGGACUUCGGUGGAUCCGCGACGGGUGUCCAAUGAUUCGGGCGUUGAGAGUUCGAAACCGUUUCGAUCCCAGCCGUCAACCCCAGUGGCUCAGACACUGACGUCUGUGAGGACAGAAGGCACCUCUUCCCCUGAAACGCACACCUCCCCUCCACACGACUAUCUCUCUCAAGGCAGCAGCAGUGGUUCUCUCCCUCCUCGCUGGUCCUCUGCCACCACUGCUCAGGGCCUCACCUACUACCUCGAUCACAACAGUCAGACCACUCACUGGAAGUUGCCUGACGACACAAGUGCAGAGGAAUCAACCAGCCUGCCGGCAGGCUGGGAGAUUGUUCAGUCCAGUCAAUAUGGAACCUACUUUGUCAAUCACAACAACAAGACCGCAAUGUACCAGCACCCGUGCCACUCUCGCCCCCCACCCCCCUACCAUCGGGUGCCACACUCGCAGGAAGCGGAGCAGUGGACCUCUUCAGCCAGAGAGAGAAAACCGCCACCUCGCUCCCACUCUUACAGGGACACCCAGAACUACAGGGUGGUGGAUCCCAAUGCAUCCCUGCCUCGCCGCUCCAAGUCCUUCAAGGACCAGGAGACUCAGAACGCAAUGGCCGCCGUCUGGCACUCCAAACAGCUCUCCACCGUCACCUACGUUCCUCCUAGUCCCUACCAGAUAGCUGAGAUACCGUCAUGGCUGAAAGGGUACGUAGGGGCUCCGUAUCGAUCUGAGGAAGACUAUGUUCCGUGGAAUCGCUACUCAUAUGAAGACCUCAACGGUCUGGACACCAUGAUCAAGAGAAUGCUGAAGAAAGGCUCGGAGCAAAUAGUCAGACAGUUUGAGUACUACCGUGUGGCCAUCGAACAAGAAAUCAACUCCCGGGGGUCGCUACGGCAUCGGAGACCAAUCAACCAGCUACAACGGGGGUCUGACCACUCCCACUUUCAGUACCCAAUGGGGGCGGGGCAAUCGAUGGGCGGAGCCAGCCACUACACCUCCCACACAAUGAACCCCAUCCUCCAGAACCACACACAUGCCCCCUAUUCCCAGUCCAAUUCCCACGCUGCCGUUCCACGCCCUCGCGGAGUGGGGGCAGUGUGGGGAGGGAAUAAUGGGUGUGCGACGGCAGCAGCAAGCAUUGACCCUCAGCUGGGAACCAGCUGGUCUUCCUCAGAGCACAGCAACAGCAGCACCAGGACUCUCCGCGCUCACGACUUGGAACAGCUGCAAGAUGAAGAGGAGACCUUUGUCUAGCCCCGCCCCCUAACAUAUUUCUCCCUCUAAUCCUGUAAUGUGAAGCACUUUUCGAAUCCCUCUCUUGCCUGGAUUCUAAUUGCUGCCCGCCACACUGCUUUCGUCUCACUACUGUCGUCUCUGCCGCUUGUCUUCCUCCUCCCUCUUCUGUACUGUCAAUGUGUAAGUCUCUCUGGUAGAAGCCGAAGCCACGCCCACCAAUUACAUCUUUCAAUCAUACGCCAUGUCUUGGUUUAUAUAGCUAUACAUGUCUGUACAAUUAUAUUAUUAUACAGCUACUGUUUAUUGUGUCAGGAAUCAACAUUUUACUACAUCUCAACAUUUUUCAGUUUCAUAAUGAGUUUAUUACGUGAUCAAUGCAUUCCUUCCAUUUCUUGUGU